AUGCGCGUCUCUUACAUUUUUCCUUCGAUUGCGCUCCUGGCCCCGGCUUUCCUGUCCUCAGUUCAAGCCAGCGGAGCUAUCACAGAGUCCAUGUCGUCUCACGACGACUUUAUCAUUGCCGAUGGUUACGGCCCCGACAGAUGGGGAUGUUCGUUCAGGGAUUCGCAGGUCCACGAGAGCGGCGCUGGCACCCAGAUCACGAUCGGCAAGGACUCCGACUUGAAGCCCUUUUCCUGCGGAGAACUGAUCCACCGUCAAGAAGACUUCGGCUACGGCAUCUACUCAAUCGAAAUGAUCCCUUCUAGCGUAGUCGGCCAAGUCACUUCCUUCUUCGUGAUCGCAAACGAGGAUACCGAGAUCGAUAUUGAACUCACAGGACUCAAUACCAAGAUCGCCUGGAUGAACAUCUGGCACGACCAUAAACAGAACCCGAUCUCAAUCAAUCUGCCCUUUGACGCUGCCGAUGACUGGCACACAUACUCGUUCGAGUGGCGCAAGAACUUUGUUACUUGGUCUGUCGACGGAAAUGUGGUUUUGAACCGGUCUGAUAUUGCGACCACUCCCCCGGACGAGACCAACUACCGUCUGGUAGUCAAUUCGUGGACGCAGGUUAAUCCUGAGAUCAACAUUAAGUGGGCUGGUCAGUUCAAAUACCCCAAUCGGGGCACUCCUACUUCUCAGUUCAGGAACAUGCGCUACCGCCCGUAA